UAGAGGUGGGCGUGUCCAGAAAGAAGGGAAGGUUAUAUGAAGGGGUGUCGGAGGGCCGUGAAGGCUUAGUGCCGGGGGGGUGCACAAGCUAGGAAAGGAGGCCUGGGUGGUUUAAGACCGGGCGCGAAAGUAAAGGGGAGGGUCCGGUAACGGCAACGAACGAGAAAGAGCGUCGAUGACUACGUAGAAACUAGGCCCGGACUUGGCAACCGCGUCACAGGCUUUUCCUCGUCGCCAGCUGAUACCCAGGCCUACUUUCCUAGUUAUCCACUGCUUGUACACAUCGGAGGCGAGUGUGGUGGCUUCUGGGCAGCCAGGAUCGUUCUGCGGCAUGAAUUCAAACGUUGAGAACUUGCCCCCACAUAUAAUUCGCCAGGUCUACAAAGAGGUCUCUACGCUGACGUCUGACCCUCCAGAAGGCAUAAAGAUCAUCCCCAAUGAAGAGGAUAUAACGGAUGUACAAGUCAGCAUCGAAGGGCCAGAAGGGACUCCAUAUGCAGGAGGGAUUUUCAGAAUGAAGUUGAUCUUGGGCAAAGAUUUUCCGGCAGCCCCUCCCAAAGGAUACUUCCUUACCAAAAUAUUUCAUCCGAAUGUCAGCAACAAUGGAGAAAUCUGCGUUAAUAUUUUAAAGAAGGACUGGAAAGCUGAGCUUGGCAUCAGACACGUGUUACUGACCAUAAAGUGUUUGUUAAUUCAUCCAAACCCCGAAUCGGCGCUGAACGAAGAGGCCGGCCGCCUGUUACUGGAGAACUAUGAAGAGUAUGCAUCCCGUGCAAGACUUAUGACUGAAAUUCAUGCCCAGGGCUCCUCUUUAAGGGGCAAGGACGCAACGGACCCCUGCUCGUCUGCAUCAGCCGGAGUGGUGGGGGAUGGGCCUAUGGCCAAGAAACAUGCUGGAGAUCGUGACAAGAAACUGGCAGCAAAAAAGAAAACAGACAAAAAGCGAGCUUUGAGGCGACUUUAAGUGGAGGAGGGGCAGGGCUGAGGUGCCGAGUGAACUUUUAAACCAGGUAGGGAAGGGACCGUGCAAGAAAGUCUGGGAAAGUAAUAAAUCCAUAUCCUGUCUUUUUUUUUUUUUUUUUUUUCCAGUUCUUUCUUUUGUUUUGUUUUUUAAAGCCUGCUUUUGUUAUUUUUUUUUUCAAUCUAAGUUAUUUAAAUUAUAAGUCUAUUAAAAUUCAUU